AUGUCAUUCAUUGAAGUCGAACACGAUGAUCAGAUUGGCUGGUUUUGUAAUGAUGAUUUAAUUCUUGUUUGCGAACGGGAAAUACUCAUGAAUAACCCGUUUAUGAACGACGAUCAGCUGCAAUCGAUGCAUGGGAUUCGUCGUCGUUACGUACCAAAAGUUGAUUUUAAUGACAAGAAACUAUUUCCUUCGUUCUCCAUUCGAAGGAAUCAGGAUGAUGAACUUCAUUCGGAGUUAGAUUCCAUGUUAUCUUGCAGAGAAUACGUUAGUAAACAGAAUCAUUUCUUUGAGCGUAAACUGUUUCAACAAGCACAAGCAGCACAAGCGGACGAAGAGAAAAAACUCGAAGAAUACAGAAAACGGCGAGAAGAGCAACGAAAACGGCAGCAUUUAUUCCAUAUCACUCGUUCUGAUGAGAAACGUUACAUACCACAUGUGCGAAAAAGACCAUCGCGAUUCGAUCAUUGA